AUGAAAAUUAAAGCAGCACAAUCUGUUUUAUUAACUGGUGAACUUCUACAUCUCAUCUUUUCCGAGUUUAAUCAUCAAGAUGAUUUAUUCUCUUGCCUCUUAAUCAACUCUUUAUGGGCUAUGACAAUCGUUAGAGUACUUUGGAAGAAACCAAUUUGGAAAACUCAUGAUUCUUAUAGAAGAUGGCUUCGUACUCUUCGAUCUACCCAUGCAACAUUUGAAUAUGGCAAAAUGGUACAAAGACUUGCAUUUAAACCAUAUCCGAGAUGUGGACGUGAUAAAUAUCAAUUUAGCGAAUUAAAAUAUAUUGCUAGUCAUUGUCGGAAUGUCAAACAUAUUGAAUUUUAUUGUCUUCAUGGAACAUUUGAACCAACAAAUGUAUCAACAUUUAUUAGAACUCUUAGUGGAUUAAUCUCAUUUUCUACUGAUGCAUCUUGGCAACCAGCAUUAGAUACGACAUUAAUGCCAAUUGCUGAAGGUUCAUGUCCUAAAUUAACUCAUUUAGAGAUUCCAGGUAACGGAGAUACUGAUCGAUGUUCAUGGUUACUUCAACGUAUUGGUGAAAGAUGUCCACGAAUUGUAUUAUUAAAAACUAGAUGGGAAAUUCGUGGUUCAAAACUUGCUCAAAUAAUUGUUACCUCAUUUCCCAAUCUCGAAACUUUAAUUUGUCGUACGGUUAGUUAUGAAGGACUUAGAAUAUUAUUACCCGGUUGUAGAAAACUUAAACAUUUUGAUUUCACUUUUUCUAUGGAACUUAAUGAUGAAAUGUCAUUAUCAAUUGCUCCAAUAUUUCCAAUGUUAGAAGUAUUUAGUUUAAGAAUUUUUGGUAGAAAUAAUUUUCCAUUAUUUAUGUCAACAUGGGCACAAAAUCAAAAUCAAUUACGAGAGAUAAGUCUCUCUUUGGGUGAAGGCCUUACCGAUGAUAGUUUCCUUCCUAUUACACAAUAUUGUCAAAAUUUAGAAUCAAUUACAUUAUGGUGGUGCAAUGGAUUUUCAGAUUUAGCAUUUGAAUCAUUAGCACGUAAUAGAAAUUCUGGAAUAAAACGACUCCAUUUUUAUCAUGUAAAAGAUUUAACAGAUGUUGGUUUAACCGCUAUCGCGGAUCAUUGUCCUAAAUUACAAGAACUUCAAUUGAUACACUGUGAAAGUUUAACUCAAACAUCAUUAGUAAAAAUUGCAAGAGAUUGUAAAAAUCUAGUUACCUUUACAGCAGAAUUUUGUUCUAGAAGAUAUAAUUGGCAGAUGACAGCAGCAUUUCUUUUCACUUUGGCUAAUCGUAAUCGUGGUACACUCGAAGUUUUGAAAUUUCAUGAUCGCAACACUUGUAUAACUGAAGUAGAAGCAUAUGACAAACAUAGAUUUGAUAGUUUAUUAUUGGACCGUUUAGCAAUGCGAUCAUUAAUGAAAUUUCGUAAUCUCGAAUAUCUUACAAUUUAUCCUGGAGAAAAUGCACGAAGACAACAUCUUGAAAAAUUGCAAACACAUCGUCGACUUAAAAAUGUAUUAUUUUAUUUUGGUAAUAUAGAUGAUAUGAAAAUGUAUUUCCAAGAUCUUAAUAAGAGGCAAAAAGGAGGUCUAUAUGCUGAAUUUUGGCCGGGAAGUUUUAUCACUUUAAAUUCUGAAUAA